AUGACUCGCCAUCUACUUUGGCUUGUUCUUUGUCUAAUACCGUUUGCGAAUUUACAAGAGGCGGUUGACAAUCAAAAUACAGAAGCGACUGAAGAUGAAGUUCAAGAUAUCGAACUGGAGGCGGCUUGUCCCGAGCUUAGUGGACAGAUCAUCGGAGGCAGACCGAGUUCAGUGUCGCGACAUCCAUAUCAAGUAUCCAUGGUGCUGAAUGGAAACUCCUUCUGUGGUGGCUUCAUUAUAAGCAGGGAUUACGUACUAACAGCGGCACAUUGUGUUCAGAAUGUAGCACCGCAAGCUGUUCGUCUGCGUGUGGGCAGCACUCGUCGUGAUUCUGGAGGUCGUAUAGUGGCGGUGUCCAAUGUAACAUGGCACGCGUCGUACGGUCAGCCGCAGUUCGACAAUGAUAUAGCAGCCUUAAGACUCGCCCAGCCUCUCGUCUUCGGAGAUUCCAUACAACCAAUCAGACUUCCGAGACCAAGACAGCCUGUUCCAUUGGUCAGGUUGACGGUUACUGGAUGGGGUCUCACUGCUUUGGGAGGCCGUAGAAUUCCCAGGAUCAUGAUGGAGGCCAACGUGCCAGUAGUCCCUCACUGGCUCUGUCGACUAUCUUAUGGAGACGCUCUCACUAGUAACAUGUUUUGUGGAGGACACUUCCUUAUAGGAGGAGUUUCAUCGUGUCAGGGUGAUUCCGGAGGGCCAGCUGUGUUUCGUGGAACGGCUUUUGGUAUCGUGUCAUUCGCUCGGGGCUGUGCUCUGCCGCUGUCACCGACUGUGUUCAGCAACAUAGCUGCUCUACGGGACUGGGUCACACAGAACACUGGAGUUUAA